AUGGAUUUCCAACAUCGUGUCGGUUCCAAAAUUGGUAGCGGUGGUGUAGCUUCGUCAUCAGAAAGUAAUCGUGAUCGGCGAGAACGAUUAAGAAAGCUUGCUUUGGAAACGAUCGAUCUAAACAAGGAUCCAUAUUUUAUGAAAAACCACUUGGGGACUUAUGAGUGUAAAUUAUGCUUAACUCUACACAACAAUGAGGGCAGUUAUCUGGCACAUACUCAAGGAAAAAAGCACCAACAGAAUCUAGCAAGAAGAGCAGCAAAAGAUGCUAAAGAUGCUCCCGCACAACCUGCUCUUGAAAAGGCUAGGGUAGAUGUGAAGCAAUUUGUAAAAAUUGGUCGUCCUGGUUAUAAAGUCACGAAGCAAUAUAAUCAAGAAGCUGGACAGCAAUCUCUGCUAUUCCAAAUCGACUAUCCGGAGAUUGUAGAUGGUAUCACUCCAAGGCAUCGCUUUAUGUCAGCCUACGAACAGCGCAUAGAGCCACCAGAUAAGCAAUGGCAAUACUUACUAUUUGCAGCAGAACCUUAUGAAACUAUUUCCUUCAAAAUCCCAAGUCGAGAAAUUGAUAAAUCUGAUGAUAAAUUAUGGACGCAAUGGAAUAAAGAAUCGAAACAGUUCUUUCUACAGAUCCACUUCAAAGCUGAUAUUAAACAACAGCCUAGCAGAAAUAUACCUCAAUCCGCAAUUGUUCCAAAUCAGCGAAAUAUUCCGUCACAGAAUCCUCUUAAUCCCUACAGUGCUCAUUACUUGUAUAAUAUCAACAACAGAAGUAUGUACAACAGUAUUGAUUGGCGAUCACAUGCUGCAUGGCGAUUAGCUCGAAUACAAUGUGCAAAUGCAGCACAUUGGUUAGCUAUUAAACGCUGUUUGGCACUAUCUUAAACCCAAACGAGUACAUUUGUACGGUGUUAAUUGUAAGUUAAAAGUUACUGUUCUCCC